GUCGAUAAGGUUACCAAAACUCAAAAUCAUGACGGUUCCUUUGAGAUAUCCAAACUAAUCACCGACAAUAUUGGUGUAACGACAACUGAAAACAUCCAUUCUUUAGUUCGUAUCAAGGAUGAACGCGUCAAGAAAUUGGAUACCAAAACUUGGAACACGUUCAUAACGUUGGCUUACUGCAAUAAGGUAUUAGGUAAACACGAAGCGAAAUGGAAAGUACAAAACGAAAAGGCUCGUGAGUGGUUACACAACCAAAUCAAGGACGACAAAUUAGAAAAAGAAAUCUUGGAAUCAUGCGAAAAGGUUGUGGUCGAAAAGGUUUCCGAAACGACAAAAGAGCAACCUUCCUUGUUUGGAUGGGUUGGGCAAAUUUUUGAUGACAAAGACACCAAGGUUCAAGUCAAACCUGAUACAAAAGGCAAAGGAAAAGAAGUUUUGCCGGAAGAAAAGAAACCCGAAGCUGGAUUUAUAAGUAAUAUCGCGGAAAGCAUCAAAUCUACCGCAAUAGAACUGGGCAAACAUUCGGUCAAAUCAACAACAACAAAAGAUGAUGUCAAGACUGUAGUAUCGAAACAAAAAGAUGACGGUUCUAUUGAAGUCAGCGAGACAAUUUGUAAACAAUUAGACGCACCUUCGGAAGAAAAAAUAGUGAAUACUGUUCAGAAAUACGUUACAACUGAAAAACUUAAAGAUGCGAAACCUUCCUGGAUCACCACAAGCGUAAACAUCUCAUACCUCAAAAAUUUAGCAGAUAAACAUGAAGGCGAAUGGAAGGAGAAAUAUGAUAAAGCCCGCCAGUAUCUAGCAAAGGAAAUUAAUAACCCUCAAGUCGAAGAAGAGUUAAUGAAGGCUUCCGACAAAUUUGUUGUGGAUCAAUCAACUCGAAAGGUUAUUAAAGAUAAAAAGAAAGCUGCUGUCCUUGCCAUACGAUCAAAAACCUCCGAAGAAACUGUUAAUACGGCUUUAUCAACUCAGAAUGAUGACGGAUCCUUCGAAAUUCACGAAACGAUCACCAAAGAACUUGAUAAUACCUCCAACGAUUUAAUCAAGAAAGCUCAAUCUUAUGUCAAAAGUGAUAAAAUCAAACCCGAAAAAAGGGAAUCCAUCUUCAAAACAGCAAUUACGCUCGGAUAUUUGAACACGGCCAUGGAUAAUCCAACAAAAGAAUUGGCAGAAAAAUAUAAUAAAGCCAGGGAGUAUCUUAGUUCUCAAAUUGGUGAUGCUAAAUUAGAGGAAGAAAUUAUUAAAUCAUCAAGCAAAGUAAUAAUUGACAAAGGUUCAGAAAAAGUACAAAAGCAAUCAAGGAUUGCAGCUUUGGAAGAAGUAAAGCAAUCUACCACACCUGAAGCCACCCAAGCUGUUGUCUCGAAACAAAAAGAUGAUGGUUCCUUUGAAGUUAACGAGGAAAUUGCCGACAAACUUUCUACAUCAUCUGACUCCCUUGUGACAUCCGUAACAACGUACACAAAGAACGACAAACUCAAAACCAUUAAUCCCUUAAUUUGGUCCACCGCUAUAUCAAUGCAAUAUUUGAAAAAUACGGCUAGCCAAUAUGAAGGUGAUUGGGCAGAUAAAUACAAGAAGGCCAGGAAUUAUCUUCGAACUCAGAUCAAUGACGAAAGCUUAGAAAAGGAGCUUUUGGAAACUUCGGACAAAUAUGUUUUAGAUAGUGUAACACGUAAAUUAGUUAAGCAGAAAGAAGAAAAGGCUCUUAAAAUCAGGAUACUUGAAUUUGACGAAGACACGAAGAAAGCAACUUAUUCAUAUUUGAUUGAAAAAUUCAAUGUUGAUGAUGUUCGUUCGAUCUGUUCAUCCCAAGGAAAUGAUGGGUUAAUCACACUCCACAAAAUAAUCAUCGAACGACUUAAAAUCAAUAAUACCGACAAUUCAAUUACAAGCAUCAAGAGCUUCGUUAGUAAUCAACGUCUUAGAGCGUGCAAGGAUACCGUCUUUGAAACUGCGCUCACGAUCUAUAUCUUAAGACAUGUUCUAGUUGAAUACAAAAAUGAAUGGAGCACCGUCUGUGAACGUGCUGAUAAAUGGUUGAAAGAACAACUUGGUGGCGAUAAAAAAUUAGAAGCGGAAUUAUUAUCUGCAUGUGAACAAUACUUGAUCGAAGAAACCAUCACACACUUGAAUAGUAAAGUCGUCGUCACACAAGACGUGGAAACCAUUCAUAAGGUUACUCUUGAAGUCUCUGAUGAAACUCGACAAACAGUCUUCAAAUAUCUCCAAUCACGUGCCAUAAUUGAUGAUGCUCACGUGCUCACUAAAUCUCAACACGGCGAUGGUUCUUUCGCUUUACAUCAUUCAAUUAUCGAACAUCUUCAAAUUCCAUCAACCGAUGAAUCCAUUAAAGGCCUCGUUCGUUAUGUUGGUCAAAAAGGCCUAAAGGAAUGCGAUAAAUCAAUUUGGCAAACCGCGUUUGUAAUCACAUACCUCAGAAUCGUGUUGGUUGAAUUCGAGAAGGAAUGGAGCGUCGCGUGUGACAAAGCGAAGAAAUGUGUUAGUAAACAACUCGGCAACAGCAAAUUGGAAGAAGAAUUAUACAAAGCUUGCGAUCAAUAUCUGAUUGAAAAAGCUGUAGAGUUAUAUAAUAGUCCAAGCUUAGAGGUUAGCGUUGUUAGACUCGAAGUAGAUGAUGAAACAAGAAAUGCCGUUUUUGAUGGACUUAAAUCUCAUGCUAAAGUUGAGGAUGCUCGUAAUAUAUGCAAAUCUCAAACAAAGAACCAUUCUUUCAUCCUUCACAAAAUAAUUUCUGAUCAACUAAAGAUCACUUCAUCCGAAGAUGCCGUCGAAUCUCUUAAAUCAUAUGUUGGAAGUUUACGUUUGAGACGCCUCGAUAAAAGUAUUUGGAUCUCUGCAUUUGUUGUUACCUAUUUCAAGGUGGUUUUGGUUGAACACAAAUCCGAAUGGAGCGCAGCUUGCGAUCGAACAAAACCCUGGAUCAGCCAACAAGUCCAUAAUGCGGAAUUAGAAAAUGAAUUAUACUCCGCUUGUGAACAAUAUUUAAUCAAACAAGGCUGCGAAUUUCUCAAUAGCCAAACUACUAUCACCACAGAAGUAACAAAGAGAAUGUCUCACUCCGUUGCAAUUGGAUCUGAUGGUGGUGUUCUAACGCAAAAAGACGCUUAUCUUAACUCCGAAUUGAUCGUAGUUGGAGCAGCUGCUCGAGCAAAAUGCAAAGUUAAGCUUGAAAGUGCUCAGAAUAAGACCUUAGAAGAUGUCUCUAAAGCAACCGAUUUGGCUGUCAAAUACGCCGAAGACGAAGUGAACAGAUUAUUUGCUGUCAACGUUACUCAUCAUAAUAAAGAUGACGUCUUACUUCGCGCUAGAAGAGCCACUAAAUUUUUGAUGGAUGAAUACUACAAACCGGGCGAAGAUUGUUGUUAA